AGUCGACUGCCAGCGUUCGGGCCAUACUCGUAAGUGACGCUCGCAUUUCCGAACUUGGCUUAGUUGGAGGCGCGUCAACAAUGCUCCACAACGAAGCAGCAUAAACAUUGGGUUCACUGCCAUUGUCGCAGUCGCAGUCGGAGCAUAAUUGCUGAACGGCUUUAUUGAACUAGCAGCUAGUGAAAAUCAGUCGUUCUUUGCUUGCAACAUGGAAAAGUCAUUUGCCAUAACACCCUGGAAAUAUGCGCUGUUUACAACCUGCAUUCUAAUUGCGGCAUUUAACAUCUUGUUCUUUUCGUGUGGAGUUGUCACAUGGGGCUCAGCGUCUUCAAUUUACGGCGGCUAUGCGGCUGCCCUUUGUGGCCUUUUAGUUUUUUCUGUCGCUUUUCUGGGUGUUUAUGUGGCUCUUAAGGAGUCCUACAAGUUUUCCAUUUAUUAUAUAAUCGGUAGCAUUUUGGUAAUUGCUGUACUGGCCACCUAUUUCUUCACCUUCUCGAACUUGAAGAGUCAGCUGCUGCUGCAGUUCGAGGAGCGCAUUAAGCGUUUGUUUGAGGAGAAGUCGCAUAAUAAUGAUACCAUGCAACCAAUACACAGCCUCUUCCGGUGCUGCGGUCUUGAGGGGCCACAGGACUAUCUGGCAAAGGAGAACGGCGCCUUGCCGGCCAGCUGCUGCUAUGCUUUUGAUUGCACAGUCGUCUCGCAUAUCCAUGAGGAGGGUUGCUCUGUAAAGGCUACAUCAAAUCUGCAAUUUCAGGCUGAAAUUAAUUAUUACUCAACCAUUGUCAUAAUCACACUCCAGCUCUUAAGCCUGCUCUUUGCUUUCCUUAUGGGCAAGGCGCGCAAAUUGUCGAAGAUCAAGGAUGACGAGGCACCCAUUAAUGAUGAUUAAAUCAGACCCUGCACAUUAUUAUUGAAAUUUAGUUAGCUAAAGUGUACUUCGAGCCAUGGCAAUGCCAAAUUAAUCGAUCAAAUAGAAAUUAGUUCAUUUGUGGAUUUUAAAUAAAAUACAUUCAUAAAUAGCAAACAAA